AUGAAAUCCCCUUUUUUAACGGCCUCUGGAUUCCACGGUAAGAAGCUCUCCUUACUCAGGCUUUGUAGGUCUAGGGUGUAUAUGACGUUGGACCCGCCAAAUCUGUGGGGUUGGGAUGUCUCACUCACCCAAAUCCCAGUUUGUGUGAAUGCUGUGUGACUUACUGCCCUGCAUUAUAGCCUGUCGGAAUGAAAUAUCAGAUCACACACUACCGUAAAGUAUAUUUGUGAACGUUAUCUUAACCAAAAAGUUAGUAAAGGGAAAAAAAAACGAAAAAAGGACCCAUUAUAAUUAAAACGUGCGCAUGUUGGAGCUCAAAUUUUCCAGAAGCCAUUUUCACUGAUCUUUGGCAGACUUCCAUCAACUUGUGUUUUCCCACCAAUCAAAUCCUACAAUCUGUUCUGUCCAGUGUCUUCCCUCUUCAUCUCCCGCCGAACAAAAGACAAAGACCCACACCGUGUCAGUCACAAAGCUGCUCCCCCUCAGCCUUUUCUAGAACCUUCUCCCCAUUACAUUCUCCUGAUUGGACGGCCUACUUUCCUAAGCAUCCCUUGUCUUUAACAGUAACUCAAAUGGUUUGCGUGGUGGCUCUGGCGGAUUGUUGCUCCAGGUAGAUUUGCCAAAAUAGCAGAAAAUGGAGUGGCACAAGAAAUGACUCCCCUUGAGAAGAAAAUAUGUGAACAGAUUGAAUAUUACUUUGGCGAUCACAAUUUGCCAAGAGAUAAAAUUCUCAAAGAACAGAUCAAGUUGGAUGAUGGCUGGAUACCCCUAGAAACCAUGAUUAAGUUUAACAGGUUAAGUCGUCUAACAACAGAUUUCACUGUAAUAGUAGAAGGUCUCAAGAAAUCCAAAAGUGGACUUUUUGAAAUCAGUGAGGACAAAUCCAAAAUCCGCCAUUCUCCUAACAAGCCCCUUCCUGAAUUUGAGGAGUAUAAAAACUCUAUUAAAGCCAGAUCUGUCUAUGUCAAAGGCUUUCCUACAAGUGCAACACUUGAUGAGAUUAAGAACUGGUUUGAUGAAAAUGGACCUGUGGAAAAUAUACAAAUGAGAAGAACAUUGCAGAAGCAGUUUAAGGGAUCAGUAUUUGUCAUCUUUGACCGUCUAGAUUUGGCUACAAUAUUUGUAGAAGCUCCAGGGUGGAAGUAUAAAGAAACUGAAAUGAUUGUACUUUUCAAAGAUGCUUAUUUUCAGAAAAAAGCCUAAGAGAAAAAGCAGCAUAAAGCAAAAUCUAAAAUUGAUAAAGAACAGCAGAAAAAUACUGAAGAUGUGCUGGGCAAGAACUCUUUUGAAGUAAGAACUGAGUGCUUGCUGAAGUUUGCUGGUGAUUUGACCGAUCAGACAUGCAGGGAAGAUAUUCAUGAAAUAUUCUCCACUCAUAGUGAAAUACAGUGGAUAGAUUUUAUAAGGGGUGCUAAAGAGAGAAAUAUCCUUUUCAAAACAAAUGCAAAAGAAAUACUUGAAAAGGCAAAAGCAGCUCAUGAUGGAAAAUUGCUUUUGAGAGACAAGGAGUGACUUGGGAAAUGGUUGAUGGUGAAGAGGAAAAAUCAAUUUUGAAGAAGAUAGUAGAAGACCAACAGGAAUCUCUGAACAGACAUAGAGCCAAAGCGCGAAAAGGUCGGGGUAAACGAAGUGUGGAUGUUUUUAUAAAAACUUUGUUAAAACUUUUAUUUUGGUGUAAUGCAAUAUUAGCUUCCUGUAUGGAUAUAUGGUGGGAACUAGA